AUGCAAGCCAACACAACCAUGCUAGCUCAAUUUCGCCUGGCACUUCAGGCAGAAGACGGUAACAGGCUAGCACAACUGCUGAAUCUAUCAGGCGGGCACACAAAGGCUUUGGCAAGAGCACUGGAGAAAGGGCAUACCAAGAAAGCGGAAGAUGAUGCUCGUAAACUUUUGGGCUCCCCCUGGGAUGACGUAGUAGUUCAGCAUCUGAGAGUGUUGUUGAACAAACAGAGAAGAAACUACGCUGCAGCCUUUGAGGAACAACACACCUUAGUUCACAAAUAUGUCAACAGGAGUUUUCUUAGAAUAUUUAACAAUCUUUCCCGUUGGUCUUUACCCGUCUUAUAUGUAAUCAAUUGGGAUCUACGGUCUCUGGGCAUAGAGGCAGAUGCGGAAUCGGCUAGUCGAGGACAGCCCGGCAAGUGUCUUGAAGUUGCCGCUCGUGCAAUCAACAAGUCAUUUAGUACAUGUAUAACGGAUAGAGCGUCAAUAAGCGCAUCACGGAAAUGGGGAACAUACUAUGUUGGAAAUCUCUUAUUUAAGACAUAUUUUAAGUUGAAACAGCAAAAUUUGUGCAAAAACGUGCUGCGAGCAAUAAGAGCAUCAACAGAUUUGCCAGAGCUAAGCCAAUUCCCAAAGUCUCAUCAAGUUACAUUUCAUUAUUAUCAAGGGUUAUUAUAUUUUCUUGAAGCCCAAUACAAGCAGGCAGAUGAGCAUUUUACAUCAGCAUUUCGAAAGUGCCCUAAACAAUUUUACAAAAAUAAGGAGUAUGCAUUGGAUAUUGUAGUUGAUGUCAGUUUUACCAAAAGGAAGCUUCCAUCAUCGUCACUACUGGAUGAAUAUCCGAGUCUAAAGGCUUUGUAUUGGCCGUUCAUUGAUGCUAUAAAGACGGGAAAUAUUAAAUCGUUUGACAAGGCGCUUUCUGAUAAGGAAAAACGCCUGAUAAUACAGGGUACUUAUUUCAAUGUUGAAUUAGCAAGAGAAAUUGCCAAGCGAGUGUUGUUUAAGAAAGUUUGGCUAAUACAUAACAAACAAUCCAGAAUUCAUGUGGGACAGUUUCAAGCUGCUUUAAGGUUUGUUGGCAUGGACGUUGAAAUGGCAGAAGUGGAAUGGUAUUUAGCUACUGCGAUCGCCAAGGGAUAUAUUAGAGGAUAUUUAUCACAUGACAAAUUAACUGCUGUAUUAAGUGUACAGAAUCCAUUUCCUCGGCUUGAUUAG